AUGAAGUUGGUUCGGUUUUUGAUGCGGCUGGCGAACGAGACGCUGGUCUUGGAGCUGAAGAACGGCACAGUGGUGCACGGCACCAUAGUGGGAGUGGACGUGGCGAUGAACACGCACUUGAAAAACGUCAAGUUGACUGUCAAGCACUCCAACCCAGUUUCUAUGGACCACCUCACCAUUCGGGGCAGCAACAUUCGCUACUUCAUUCUCCCCGACUCUCUGCCUCUCGACACUUUGCUCAUUGACGACACUCCCAUCCAGAGGCCCCCCCGCGAGACGGGUUUGCGGCCUCUGGCCCGAGGCCGUGGCCGUGGGGGUCGGGGGGCCCCCCGGGGGGCCCGUGGGGGCCCCCGCGGGGGGGGCUUCCGCGGCAGCACAAAUUGCUGUUGCACCAAAGUGCAGCAAAGGAAGGAGCUUGUGCAACAAACAGAUUCAAAGAAGAACUUGGGUGAAAAGAUUUGA